AUUGAUAGUGUGUAUUCCUCCUCCCUCUUCGCUACCUCUUCCUUUCGAAUCGUGACUUGUGCGAAACACCAGACAAUAGAUCAUAACCAUUUAAAUAUUAUUUUUUAAUAUAUUAAUUAAAAACACAUCCGUUCACCCAAAAAAAUCUAAACCUGUACCCAUAAAUUCAAGUAUUCACACGAAGAGUAGUAUAAAAACCUCAUCUCUUUACACCCAUCAAUCAAUUCCCAACUUACACCUUCGUAGUUCCAUUAUUAUUCAUUACUCCUACAGACUAUACACUACUACUUUUUCUCUUUCCAUUUCCUAUUUCCAAUUCUAAAGCACCCAAAACGCGUCGUCUGACGUUUCCUCCAUCCCAUUCCCUUUGAUUCUGCGCGAAAGCUGUCUUCCAGAUUCCUCAGUUUCUGAACCCACCUACUCACUAUUUACUCUACUUCUUUUCUUCUCCUCCAAUCCCAUCACAUUAUACUCUGAAUCUUCAGUUCUAAUUAAAAUGUACUACUAAUAAUCUAGUACUAGUAUUCAUUCUCUGGAUAUAAUUGAUUUAUUUUGGAUUUUUUGUUUGAUUGAAUCAGAUAUGGGAAAAGGAAGUAGAGAUUGGUCACAGAUCUAUGCAAUUUACGGCAUGGAUGAAUGGCAGACAUUUUUGUUUUUACUUUUUCAUGCUCUGCUUUUUUCUCUUCUUUCUAUCUUCAUUCUUCUUUACUUUGCUCCUGUAACCACCACUCUUUCUGAUCUCCGGCUAUUCUCUCUUCUUCCUGGAGGAUCCGCCCGUUUUGCGGCUGGUUUUUUCGGAUCCAUCACGGCGUUGAUCGCCGUGUGUUUGUUGUUUGCUGCCGCUAAUUUCUUAUACUCCGCGGUUCCUCUUCGUUGGGAGAUCUCUCAGCGUAUGCUCGCCGCUGUCACUGACUGGUCUAAUGUCAAAACUGCCCUUGAUGUUGGCUGUGGCAGAGGAAUCCUGUUAAACGCCGUCGCUUUACAACUUAAAAAGCAAGGAUCAUCGGGCCGGAUAGUCGGGCUAGAUCAAAAACGGGCCAUAACGUUACGCACCUUGCGUACUGCAGGUCUAGAAGGGGUCCAAGAAUAUGUCACAUGCCGAGAAGGUGACGUAAGGAGACUCCCUUUCGGAGACAAUUACUUCGACGUGGUGGUUUCAGGAGCAGCGAUAAGACGGGCCGGGUCAAAAGAAGAGAGGGAAAGAGUUGUAGGAGAGGUGGUGCGGGUCUUAAAGCCCGGUGGGGUAGGGGUAGUGUGGGACCUACAGCACGUGCCAGAGUACGUGAAGAAAUUACAAGAAUUAAGGAUGGAAGAUAUACAUGUAUCAGAACGCGUCACUGCAUACAUGGUUAGCAGUCAUAUUGUGUCGUUUAGGAAGCCUUGUUAUCAGCAGCAGCAAAUGGUGGGACCUACCUUUUGUUAUUCUUAUGGUGGGGAAGUCAGACUUGAUUGGAGAUGCCAUAAUUUGUGUUAAUUACGUUAUUAGCUGUAGUUGUAGAAGCGAGUAGUAAUUAAAUAAACACCUUUUUUCUAAUUUUUAUUUUCCGGGAAUAUUGGGGAGGCGAAGCCAAACCAAAAAAAAUAUAGUAUAUGACUCGAUGAGAUAUUCAGUAUGUAUUAUAUGGACAUGGACUUAGUAUUAUGUAAGUUAAUGGAGUCAAGAGCGAAGGCUAUUGACCUGUAAACUGAAAAUUAAGAAAGAAUGCAUAUUAUAAAUUUUAUAGACUCAAUUUAUUUUAGACUUAAA